GUUAACUGUUCGGGUCUUUCCGUCAACGCUCGGGGUACCGGCUGUGAAUCGUUCACCUGGGGUCUGAGGGAAGGAGAGAGGCGAGUGGCGGUCGGAAUGAACCUGAGACUGAAAAAAAAGAAAACAAAAACCUGCAAUUCGCGUUUCAUUGGGAGGAAAGAGACCAAAAAGACAAGAGAAUGAGCACAACCACUUUGUAUUCGCCAGCCGUAAUUUGGAUAGCAAAUGGAAUGAUUCAAAAAAUCACCAAGUUUCAGAUCUCAAUUAUUUGACAAUAUGUUUUAUGAGUUAUCAACAACCAUGUCCCAAGCGUCAAAGAACAAACUGAAGAGGCAGAGCCGGGCUUUCUCACAGAUUCUAUAUCGGAAGCUAAGUUACCGUGAGCGACGUUCUGUGACUGAUAGCCCAACUGCUGUAAUAGAUGACCCUUCGGAGCUCUCCAUCCAGCUAUCGACUCCUGGUAUACUGAAGAUCUUUGGCAAUGAAAUUUGCAGUGGCACAAACUACAAAAGUGUCCUGGCUACACCACGGUCGAGUGCCCAGGAGUUGGUUAAAGAAGCCCUUGAUCGCUAUGCUGUAAGCAGGAAGUCUGCCACUGAAUACCUGUUGUGUGAUGUGAUUGGAAGGUUUGAGGGAAUAGACAGACACUGGCGGACAGAGUGUCUCCGAGCCCUAGGGGAUAAUGAAAGGCCACUGCUGCUUCAAGAUCUGUGGAAGCCCAAAGAGGGGUUUUCCAGAAGAUUUGAGCUUCGAAAACGGGCUGAGGUAGAGGAGAUAGCUGCUAAGGAGAAAGAUACAACGACCGCAGAUAUAAAUGCUCAAGCACGGAAACUGCAGAGGAACCGGGCAAAAGGCAACAUUUCAAUAAUGUCUGACUACAGAUGUAAAUUAGCACCUCUUCGACGCAGCAUCAGUGAGACGAGCCUCGCUAUCACUGAAAAUCAAGGGGAGGAACAACAGAGACUUUAUUCAACACUGCCUGGGCUUCCAGGAAGGAGGAUCAGUCGAUGCAGAAAGGACCGACUUCGCAGCACAAACAAUAGAGGGGACCAAGAAAGUAACAUCCAUCAGGUGCCUCACCUACUGCUUCUUCAGGGAUAUAACUACCAGAGUGAUUGUUUGGUAUAUCGUCUAGAUUAUGAGAAGCAAAUUGUUGGACAAGAGACAGCCUCGGUAAAACCCAGUAUCUGUCUGUCAUCACCCGAUAUCCUUUCUGUGCACUGCAAGAUUAAAAGGGUUAAAUGGUCAAACAAGUACAGUCGCUGUGUUGAGGAACAGGUUAUACUGGAACCAUCCCCAAAUGCCUGCAUUUUAAUAAACUGUAUACCAACAGAAGGGUCAACAGAACUCCAGCAUGGCGACCUAAUUGGGUUUGGGCAGCAUUAUCUUUUUCUCUUCAAGGAUCCUUUGGGUGCUAAAAAGCUGCCAGCCCACACUUACUCCAUGCUGAGACAUUUGCAUCAUUUGCCUGAGCGCACUGGUCGCCAAAGAGCACCCAUCUGUAAAAUGUGUGGCUCUGUUGUUAAGAAUGGCUUCGCAAACAAGCACAAAAAUCCCAACUCUUCUGCAAACCGAAGUAACAGUAUUCACAAAAAGAAACUGCAUCUAGAGUAUGAAAAGUCCUUUGAAGAUGUCCUGAUCAGUAAAAUCUUCACCCUUAUCGAGCCCAGUGGAGAUGAUCACAAAUUGACUCCAGCUUGCCUGUUGUGCCUGUGUAUUCAGCACUCAGCUACUACCUUCAAGUCAGGUGAUUUUAUGAAACUUCUUACGAAGAUUGUGAACAAAUUGCAAGCUGUAGCAUUGGGGAAGACCAGAGAAUUGGCAGAGAAACAGUCUGAACACCAGGAUCCAGCAUCUCUACCUCACCUUAGUAUGGGAGAAUUGGUUCCAGACCUCCAGCACAUUUUCUUCUGGAUGGCCAAUUCCAUCGAGCUGCUUUACUUCAUCCAGCAGAAGGUCCCUGACUACAUUAAAGGCAUUGAAGAUCUGGAUGCUCAAGCUUCCAAAGAAUCAUUACUUUCAUCCACAAUUUCAGUCAAUGAAGAGGUAAUGACCAUUCUGGAAGAAGUGAUCAUGCAUACAUUCCAGCAAUGUGUAUAUUACAUCACUAAGUCUCUCUAUGUCACGCUUCCUGCCUUCUUGGAUUGUAAUCCCUUCCAGAUUGAGAGUGGAUAUUCCUGGAUGAAUUUUUUUCCUCUCCCAGAACCGAUUUGCAACAUCAUGCAAAUAUACCAGACAACACUGGAUCUCCUCCACCAGUAUGAAGUGCACCCCGAAAUUGCAGCACAGAUGUUUGCUUACAUUUUUUUCUUCUCCAAUGCCUCCCUCUUCAAUCAGCUCAUGGAUAAAGGUUCAAGACAAAGAUUCUUUCACUGGUCAAAAGGGGAACAGAUGCAAGCUAGUCUCCGACUGUUGCUGGAAUGGAUACGAAAUGCAGGAAUGGGCAACAUCGCAGAAGAGUUUUUUUUCAAAUUCACUAGUGCUGUAAGGCUGUUGGCAGUCCCAACAUCUUGUCUCAUACAGUCCAGCUGGAGUAGUCUGAAGAGAGAAUUUCAUGCUCUUAAUGCAUCCCAACUUCUUCAUAUAUUAACACACUACCAGCUAGCACCUGGAAUGGGUCCCAUUGCAGGUUGGCAGCCAAGUGCUGAAGAGAGAGAGACAUUGUACAGAACAGAGGACAUUUUGUUAAGUUUUGAUAAAUAUCCUCCAAUAGUGCUGCCCACCAGUAACUUCAAGGUGGAUCUGGAAGCUGAGGCCAUAGAUGACAACAUAUACAGACAUCUACUGUAUAUACGUCACUUCAUUUGGAGCCUACGUACCAAAUCCCAACCAACAAAUGGAUGUUCUGUAACUGAGGAAUUACAGACUGAGUUUCUUGUUUCUCAGCAGUUGUCUUCACACAAUCCAGCCACACCUUACAGUCCCAAGAUUCUGGAUCAGCAAUCAUGGCAAAGUAAUUACCUGAAUAAUAACCAUGACACAGGGACAUGCAAUAGAAACUCAAGCACCUUCACAGUCAGUGGAUCAAGCAGAGAUUUUAACCCCUGCCAUGAGCUUAAAGAAAAACUGCAGAAGUUACAGCUGCAAAAUACUCUGGGAAGGAACAGGCUUCCAGGACACCGCAUACAACCAUUAGAUCCCUCUAGCCUUUUAACUCCUCCAAACACACCUUUAAACUCUGAACUUCUUCUCAAUGACUGUGUACAAACCAAUGGAGCUGGUAGAGUUUCAUCAAGCAUCAGGAGAAAUGAUGUCUACAAAAGUGGAGCUGAUGAUGGGGAAGGGAGAGCUUAUGACUUACCCACACCAGCAUCUUCCAGCCAGAGUUCAGGAGAAGAUGAUCCAUGUUGUGUAUUUGUGGUGGAGCUAGGGAGAGGGCCCAUUGGUUUAGGAAUGGGACUGAUUGACGGACUGCAUACAACCUUGAAUGCCCCUGGGAUCUAUAUCAGAACGUUGUUGCCUGACAGCCCUGCAGCCCGUGAUGGGAGACUCCGGAUAGGUGACAGAAUCCUGGCAGUGAACGGAACCAGCUUAAUUGGAGCAGAUUAUGACAGCGCAGUUAACCUGAUUCGGUCAGCAGGCGAGAGACCAAGAUUCCUUGUUGCCAAGUCAGAUUUCCUCAUUGCUGAGAAGAUCAGUGCAUCAUCUUGUUAGUCUUCACUCACUGAACCAGGGAACAAACAGUGAUCAGUAAACCUUAGCCUAUUUAUCCUCUUCAUUCCUUAACAGCUAAAGAGCAAAUGAGCAAGUCCUCACAGAUCACUGUACCUUAGUAUCUGUCAUAACUGUUCAUUAUCCAUCUUGAGUUAAACGACUUUGCUGCCAUUUGCUAAACACGAUUUAAAGAGUUGUUCCACAUUCACCUUCUAAAUGCUGAACCAAAUACAGUGAAAUUGUUUGUACAGAUACUUUUCUCACAGCCAGUACUUACUCUUAGCUGAAUUCAGAGCUUCAAUUCAAAGAUAACAUUCAUGCAUGUCUCAAAAUCAGUUCACAACCUUCAAGUAUUAUAUUCGUGGCAAAAAUCGUUUGUCUUUAGUGAACUUUUUCAGUAUUGAAGCAGAGUUCUAAAUAUACCAGCAUUAUCCAUCAAGCACCAUCCUACAACAGAAUUGAGCAACCCGAAAUCUAAACAAAAUGAAUUAACUCAGUGAAUAUUCCCAUACCUUUAAGGCUACUGUUCGUAAAUUGAGAGGAAGCAUGGACAUCUCAAUGCAACAGAUGCUGUUACAUUUAAGUGAGAGGAUGACAGUGUGUACAGAGGCUACACAGCGCACCAAAGGAGACAAUGGGACAUGAAAGUAAAAUGAACUUUGACAAUUUGUGCACCUGAGAUGCUGCUUGGCCUGCUGUGUUCAUCCAGCCUCACAUUUUAUUAUCUUAGAAUUCUCCAGCAUCUGCAGUUCCCAUUAUCUUUGACAAUAUCUGAUAGUUUUAUAAUUUAACACGAAGGACUGCAUUUGUUUUAGUGGUAGCACAAAUGGAGGUUGUGGCUUUAAACCCCUAUACAGGACUUGAAUGUAUAGUAUAGGCUAAUAGUUUUGUGCUUUAAAUAUAAUUUGGUGCAUAUCUAGUUUGUACGGUUUAGCUUGAAAAAGCUACUGUGGUCUGUCUGACCUGAUCCAAUCCAGAGGGUUCAGUUGGAAACUCAAGGGUAGAAUUUGGAUUUGAUAAUGAAUCAACAGCCCGUUUUACAUCCUUUCCAAUUUCACAGCAGAAACAAACGAGGGGGGAUUAAACAGGCUAUCACAUUUAAAAUUCACCUUAAGAAUUUUAAGCAGUGGGAUUUUAACCUCUUCAAUUUUCAAAAUUGGCAGCCACAGUAAUUCCUUCUUACAUUUUUUGACUGUAAUUUCAGGGCAGUUAUCACAACUAAAUCCAGAAUUAACUGACGUAGAGAUCAUCUCUAGGCUCGGUAGUUGGUAUCUCCAGGAUUUCUAAUGUAGGUAACUGAUGGGAGCAAUGUCGGAUCUAGGCUGGUCAAUGGUUGUACAGUAAUGAAAUCUUCAAUUACUGAGGAAAUUGACCUUACAGAUGUAAAGGUGUCACUGUAUUCAGAACCUCUGUACAACAUCACCUGUGCCAUUAAAUAGGCACAAACUUGUUUCAUGGUAAAUUUCUAUGUAUCACAAACCAAAGUGUGUUGCUGAUGAGAUACAAGUUGCUCUCAGAACUUCAAUAAAGCUUCAGUUGAUCAGGGCUAAACGGGAAAACUGUUCUAAUGAUGUUACUAAGUGUUCAUUAACUGAUCCAUUAAUUAAUAAGGAAUCGCUGUAAAAUAACAAGUUGUGGUCCCAGCAGCAUUCUGUAGAAACAUUCAAUACCUGUUAGUGUUAAGCCAACCCAUUGCCUUCUGACAGAAAGGCAAAGAUAAUCAGUAAAUGUUUUAAUUAAUCUAACAGCUGUACAGCUGUCUAGUAUAGGCAAUUUGCACAUCUAUAUCUUUCUUGAAUGUACGCUGAAGAUGCCCAAUACGUUCUACAUAAAUAUAUAUAGAUUGCACUCUCAAAUUUUAAGGUGUUAAUUUGAAGGUCCAUUUCAUGCUGCCUUCAUGUUUAAAUCCAUUGUGACUUAUGACUAACUCUUAUCAACCUUGUUGACCAGUGAUGGGUUGGUAUCUCAGGAAUCUUCUAUAAAGGUAAUACUAUAUGAAGUGUCAGAAAUUCAGAGAACAGAUGUAUCUAUGAAUGUUCACUUAAGAUAAUUCAUCCCCCCUCUUUUGGAAAAAAAAUCAAGUGUUAAAAAAUGUUUUGAAAACAGAUACUGAGUUACACAAUUAAUGGAAUGACUUGGUAAUUCUUUGUCACUGAAGAUGUUCAUUUGAGUGGCUCAGUUGAUUCAGUACAAUGUCAGGAAAUUGUAUUAUGUCUUUAGGUUGACAUUUCAGUACAACUGAGGAAAUGCUGUAUUGCUACAAGUGCGAUUUUCUCUCACAUCUUUACUGCUGCCCAAAGCCAUUUCCAAAAUUUUUCAACAGCAUUGAAAACUGAUUCAAUUGUUAUUUAUUUUACUGCCGUCUGUGAUACCUUGCCACAAAGACUUGUAUAAUGUGAGUAAUUAUACUGUAAUUUAAUUCUAAGGGAAGUUUGAAUGAAGUGAUGAAAUGCUACGUCAAUAUGAAAGUUUCCUGUGUUUGUUCUCUGAUGCAUCUGUAAUCUGCAAACUAACUGCUUCUUAGAAGAUUACUGGCAUUUGGGCAUGAAUUGUUGGGGUAACUACAGUAGGUCCAAGGAAACUGGUUGCUUUGAAUAAAACAGCAACCGUGAUCUUCAGUCAUUGGGAGAGCUGCCCCCAACCUGGAUUAAACUUUUGACACUCAUGAAUGGUACGACAAUUCCAGCAGUACCUUGAUGAAUUAAAGUGUAUCCAAUUGUAGAAACAGUGCUACUAGGAGACGUGAUUGAUUAGGCCUUUUAAGAACAUCCCUCCUUGUGGUCCCUUCUAUCAGAGUUUCUCCUGUUUGCCCCAUCCUUUGCUGCAUUUGACAGUGUAUAGUACCACUGUGCUCUAGAAAAAUUGAUGUAAGUGAGAAUCAGGGGAUAUUUUGGCAUUGGUUAGAAUCAAACCUAUCACAGGGGAAGGUGGCUGGGGUUGAUACAGGCCAAUCAUCCCAGGCCCAGGAACAUUGCUGCAGAUGUCCUCAGGGUAGUGUCUUAAGCCCAAUGCCUUGUUAACAACCUUCUGUCCGUCAUGAGAUCAGAAGUGAGAACAUUUUGCUGAUGUUUGAACACUCUUCUGUACCAUUCACAACUCAAUUAGAGACUCGGUCUAGGUCUGCAUGCAGCUGUGAGUGCUUUUUCAUUGUUACUGGGUCCAUAACAGCAGUGUAGACGUGCAUGUAUAUAGGCACUAACGUUCAAGGAUAAUUAAGAAUGGGCAAUAAAUGCUGUGCUCACUUCACAUGAGCAGAACACUAAAUGCGGUACUGAAUGUACCUACAAUCAAUAUCCUCAGCUGGGCUGUAGUCUGCAUAAAUUUGUGAUAGUGAUGAAUCCUUGUAGGAGGCUUGAGUAUACACGAUCAUUAACUGGACCACUGCGUGUAGGGAAACAAAGACACUCCGCAGGAGAUAGCAAGAGUACAAAAAGUUGCAUAUUACAGUUGUGUACAUAAUGAUUGAGUGGAUAAUUGUUCAACAAGUGUAAUGUGGCACAUGGCUGUCUGAUUUUGCAUUGGCUCUAGCUACCCCACACUCGUUCAUGUUUUGCGCUUUAUUGUGAGUAUUAUGGCAUGUAUUGAACUGACAGACGGAAGGCAUUUGUUGAGUGUAACUAAUGGGAUAGCAUAAUGAUAAGGGUCAGACAGGUGGAAAUGAGAAAAUGUACAGACAGUGUAUGCAUGGAGAAGUGGUAUAAGGAGUGAUGUGCUAGAGUUGGAAUGAGAAGAGCAAGGAAUUAUACGUUAGCAUGUCAGAGUUUACCGUUAAUCUGAUCUGAAGUGUCAUGGUGACUAAAUCCCAGCUUGUAUUUCCAUAAGCUUGGCAUCACACCUCUACUAAUGAUCACUUCUGUCAGUUAGCCCAGGUGAAAUUCUCCGGGAGAUCAUGAAUUAGUUGCCACCGACCUUGACUCUAUUCUCGUUCCCAAAUUCCCUACUCCAAACUGUAUAUCUGGAGUGUCCCUUGAAAUUGCAGUAUGCAGGUUAUCAUCUCAGUUUCAUUAACAUUAGCCAGUGAUUUGACAGCAAUCUUUUGCUGUCAAUGAAAAGUUAGAAGGCUAUGAAGAGUAAUUCAUUGCAGAAUUUAUGGAAUACCUGACACUUAAGCAUGUCAUUAAGCAGUUAAAUAUUCUAUUCGUUCCAGAGGCUCUGUUUCCAGAUAUAAUAUGGGCUACAGAGUCCUCAGUGUGAGGUUAUCAGAUCACUAAUCCUUAAGACUUCCUGUACAAUAAAAUUACUUUUGUUGAGCUUUCAGUGCUUUGUUCUUUUGAUGUGUGCAUAGUGAAAUAUUUUGUGUUGCAUAUGUUUUUAACGAAUGAACUGUUUCCAUGAUAGCAAGUCUACAAGCUACCAGCUGCAGUGAUAGUUCUGUUUGGCUUCGCUUCAUGGAUUUUUAAAAUAAGAUCUAUCCUGACCCAGAAAGCCGUAUUUUCACAUUAUGGUAAUUGACUGUCAAACAGACUUUAGAAACCUCUAAAUUACCUCGAAGUUAAACAAACUAAAUGGAUGUUAUUCUGAAAGUAUUACAUACAUAAACUACAUGGUAAGAAAUGAUUGAUGUUGAAUGUAGACAUAAAUGGAAUUUUCAAAAAGAUGGAGCAUUAGCAUCUCCUCCAUUAGUAUAAAGAAGUUUUUAAAACUACCAGUACCACUUUAAACUUAACCUCACAUGAAUUGCUCACGCGUAUUGCUAAAUAGCCUUAUUUUACUUCAACAAUUCAAUGUGGACAAUCAGGUGACAAUUUAAAAAUAAAAAUUUAUAUUUUGAACAUCAAGCUACAUUCCAUCACUAAGUGACAUGGUCUGUAAGAGUAAUUUCCUGAACAAAACCUUGUUAUUGUGGGGCACACAUAGAAGGGACUGCUUACAAAUUUUGUUUUUAUCCAAACAAGCCACAUCAAAGUCCAGUCCUUUUAUUUUAUUAGAACAUUACUUUUACCUCUUGUAUUUUGUUAAUAACAGCUCAAAUAAUAUAUUUUGUGUGAUGGCUUAUAUAGAACUUUACAAUGUAUUUCGAAUGUGCACUCAUGGUAUAGUUUCUAUUUCUGAAGAAUUCUAUGCAAAUAAACACUACUUUCAUGGAUUAACAAUUUUUCUUCUUUGGAACUGUUAUUUUACCCUGUAGGAUUUAUCAUGUUCAUGGAAAUUGAAAGUUUUCCAUGAUUGUCUUUCAAUUAUCCACAUUUAACCUGAUCAAUAUGGCAUGAAUGAUUUCUCUUUUUCCCCCCUCCUCACUCAGAUUGCUAUUUUUUACAUUUCCCCAAUUACUUACUAAA